AUGAACAGUUCCUGCGUGACACUGGCCGAGGUCCUGUGGGCAAAAGGAAGUCCUUUGGAGGAAGAAGAAAUAUGGGCCCUCUUGUACCUGGCCACGGUGCAGCUUCUGGAGGACCUUCACAAAGACCCUGCCAUCUCUGUGAUUUGUCCAUGGUCAGUACUACUGUCUGCAGAAGGAAAUUUGUCCUUCCAAAACAAUACAUCUCAGACAGAAGCUGUCCCUUUCAGUGCACCAGAGUUGUUCCACAGACAAAGUAAAAACCAGCGCGUCGGACUAACAAAGAUGCUGGUAUACUCCUUAGGAAUGACCCUUUAUUGGUCAGCAGACUACCAGGUUCCUCCAAACCAGUCCCUCCAGCUGAGUGACCAACUACACAUGCUCCUGCUGACACUAUGUGAAGAUCUGCCACAAAAAAGGCUUUCUCCUGAGUCAAUUCUAGAAGCAUGCGAGGCACAUCAGAAAGAAAGUUCUUCCUUACCAGCAAAUAUCUACAUAAAGAAAAUGGUGCAGUUUGCUGUGGGAAGUGUCAGUGAGGUAGAGUGGGUAGUCACCGAAGACACCACAGCCUCUCAGCUUAACAGAAGUCAUGUGAUAAGGAAAAGGCUGCAUGAGAAAAUACCUGACACCUUACCACUGUCCUCCCAGAUGAAUUUUCACCAAGACAAAGGGUCCAAAUUAAUGAAUUACAGUCAGUCAACAGAAGAUUACAGACAACUUUCUGUGGACUACAGUGACUCAAAUAGUAUUUCUGAAAGUACAUCUUUGAUACUGUCUAAUCGAGGACACAGGAGAGGGAAAGUUCCACAGACACACAGAUCGUGGGAUUCCACCCUCAGUGGGUCAAGAACACAAAGUAGCUACAAGCUCUUCAUAAACAGAUGUCACUGGCCUCCCAGAACAGCUGGCCCUAGUGUGACUCCAUCAGAAUCAGACAGGUCAGUCAGCGCUGUAGAAGAAAUCCCUGGUGGAACUCAGAAGAACAACAGACAGAACCUGCUAAGUUUAGGUUCCACCUUCUCAGUGUCUACAAAGGACUACACAGCAGCUGAUGCAUCACAGAAAAGUUUGUUCCACAGGAAGGAAAAGUUUUCAGGUCCAGAAUUUAUUAUUUUGUCUAGUGAACCACCAGUGACCUUACAGCUGCCUGGAUCGAUUGUGACUAAAAAAGGGAAAUCCUAUUUGUCUCAAAGGGAUCUCAACGUGAUUCUACUCAACGGGCAGUGCCUUGAGGUGCAAUGUGACAUUAAGUCCAAGGCAAGAGACGUUUUCAACACUGUGGUGGCAUAUGCAAACUUGGUGGAACAUUUCUACUUUGGCUUGGCUUACCUGAAAGGCAAAGAAUUCUUCUUUUUGGAUGAGGAUACGAAACUCUACAAAGUGGCCCCAGAUGGCUGGAAUGACCAACCCAAGAAGAAAACAUCCAUCAUUAAUUUCACGCUUUUUCUAAGAAUAAAAUUCUUUGUCAACCACUUUAAUGUUAUCCAGCAUGGCUUGACACGGCAUCAGUUUUACCUGCAGCUUCGUAAAGAUAUUUUGGAGGAGCGAUUAUAUUGCAAUGAUGAGACUGCCCUGAAACUCGGCGCUUUGGCUUUACAGGCAGAGCUUGGCAAUUAUGCUUCUGAGAUGCAUGGAAAGAGCUAUUUUCGUGUUGAAGACUACAUUCCAGCAAGCCGGAUAGAGAAAAUGACCCUGGCAUAUGUACAGCGAGAGCUUGCUAAAUUACAUCGCUUGAAUCGUUCCCUAUUUGAGGAUGAAGCUGAACUAGAAUUCUUAAAGGUGACUCAGCAGCUUCCUGAAUAUGGAGUGUUAUUCUAUCGUGUGUCCCAAGAGAAGAAAGGAGCAGGAGGGGACAUCAUCCUGGGAAUCUGUGCCAAAGGCAUCAUUGUGUACGAGGUUAAAAAUCACACAAGAAUUGCCAGUUUAAGAUUCCAGUGGCGUGAAACAGAAAGAAUUUCAGCUCAUAGAAAAAAAUUCAUGAUUGAAAGCAGCUUCAGUGGCAAGAAACACACCUUCAUUACUGAUACAGCAAAGACAUGUAAAUAUCUACUGGAUCUCUGCUCUGCUCAGCACAAAUUCAAUGCACAGAUGAAUUCUAGGCAACUUCGGCAGACUUCACCAGAGGAAAGUAAAUUUGUGGAAAUAGACAAAUCAGAUUCUGCAUAUGCAGCUCAGCACCUUGCCCUGAUUCAGAGACUGUCUCGUUCAGAGAAUGUGCUCUAUGGAGCACACCUGGAAAACCUAUCUUCUGGGAUGAUGAGCAAAUCUUGUGAUAACCUCAGUGUGGAAACCAACAAAAGGGCUAGAAACAAAGGCAACCUUGGCAGAUCCACAUCAGGGCUAUCCCAGUCAGAAACACACAUCAAUUUGAAUGGAAAGCAAAGGAGUUACGACUACCUCUCUAUCCAUUCAACUCAGAAUACAAUCAGUGCACCUGGAUCACCAGCCAUCCAAAAGGAAGCUUUGCUAAGUGGUCUAGAAAGAGAAAUCAUUUGUGUCAGCCUAAAACGUGACCCUAAGAAUGGAUUUGGUUUUGUAAUUAUUGGAGGAGAAAAUGUAGGAAAAUUAGACCUUGGUAUCUUUAUUGCUUCAAUUAUCCCUGGGGGACCUGCAGACAGAGCUGGAAAUAUCAAACCAGGAGGACGACUCAUCUCUGUGAAUAAUAUUAGUCUUGAGGGUGUUUCAUUUAACACUGCAGUUAAAAUAAUACAGCAUUCUCCUGAUGAAGUGGAGCUCAUAAUCUCUCAACCUAAAGACAUGUAUGAAGAAGGAGUAAACGAAGAAAAGAAUCUAUCAAGAGGAAACAGCACUAGUGGAUCUGAAAUCUCUUGUGUAGACAGUGGGAGAACAAAGAUUCAGGAUUGUCAUACAGCACUCCCCAAAGAACAAGACAUAAAUAUAGAUGAACUUGAGAAGACUCUUUCCUGGCGUUUAGCACCAAAAUGGGGCCCUAGGAUUACUGUUCCUUCAGCUGAUAGACAGGAUGUGGAGGAAGCUGAUUCGUCGCACUUACCAUCUCCAUCUGAAACCAGCUCAAAGGAAAUCUAUACCGUGGAGCUUGUUAAAGACAACGGGACUUUUGGAAUCAGUGUGACUGGUGGAAUUAACACUAGUGUGCGUCACGGUGGGAUAUACGUGAAGUCCAUUAUUCCCAGGGGACCAGCAGAUAAGGAUGGACAAAUACAGAUAGGUGAUCGUCUGCUGGAAGUAGAUGGCAUCAGUCUCUGUGGCAUCACCCACAAACAGGCUGUGGAACACCUUAAGAAAUCUGGCCAGAUUGCCAGGCUGGUUCUAGAAAGGGGAAACUACCAAUUGGAAGAGCCAUCCCUGACUGCUAAUGACAGAAAGGAGGACCAAUGUGCAGUUGUUUCUGUGGCAACAUCCUUCACAGAUGGUACCAAAGACUCCUGCUUUUUGACAGAUGAUAAUACAUUUGAAGUCAAACUGACAAAGAAUUCUGGAGGCCUUGGCUUUAGUGUUCUGCAGAUGGAAGGAGAUGCUUGUGAACACCUUGGAGGAGCUAUUGUCAGGAUCAAAAGACUGUUUCCAGGACAGCCAGCUGAAGAGAACGGUGAAAUUAAAGUCGGAGACAUCAUUUUAGCUGUGAAUGGGAAACCUCUUCAAGGACUCUUGUAUCAGGAUGUCCUGCACCUGUUGAGAGGAGCUCCUCCAGAAGUCACACUACUGCUCUGCAGACCACCAAAAGGUGUUCUUCCAGAAAUAGAGCAGAGUACCCUGACUCCAGCACCAUCUCCAAUUAAGGAGUUUGUGGCAGAAAUGCCAGGUACUGCAGAAGUAGGAAAUAGUAUGUAUCAGUCUACCAGUGAUGAAGGUAGCACCUCUCCAGACCUUGAAGACUGCCUGGAUUCUCCAGUGGCAGCAGAUUUCAGUGAGCCUCCUGAAGAGGACAGCUCAGCUUAUGAAGACCAGGAAGCUGAGUUUCAAGAGGAGCCCACACAGAAACUUACAACUCCCCGGGAAGGUUUCUAUAAGCACCUUUGGAAGUUUCAUCAAGAAGCUGCUGGUUCUGAAGUGUUACACUCCCUAGAGGAAGAAAUGAAGCAGAACUGCUACUCACCAUGUGAAUUUGGACGGAUCAAUAGACACAUAUUUAAAAAGAGUGAUGAUGACGUAUCAAACACAAAAUGUAUGCCUGAAACUCUUUCUCUAACCCCUAUUGAUGAAGAGUAUCUCACUGUCAGCUCAGUGUCUGUGACCUCACUUUCACGGGGAGGAAGCUCUGAGACACUCUCCACAACUAUGGCAACCCCACAACCACGUGUUUAUGGUCCCUGCUCAUCAUCCCUGCCUGCUACAGAGACAUAUGACAGUGGCAAUGAAUGGGAAGACAUGGAAGAACUAAAGGAAGAGAAGGAAGAUUGCAGUAAGGAAAUGGAGAUCUUUGUGACAUUGACAAAGUCAGAGAACAAUGGUUAUGGAUUCUCUGUAGUUCUCAACAAAGUGGACUCCUGCCUGUAUGUUGAUGAUAUCUUGCAUGACCCUGCCCUGUCUGAUGGAAGACUGAGAAGAGGAGACAGAAUUAUUAUGGUGAAUGGAAUUGAUGUCACAUCUUUACCAUGCAAUGAAGUCCUGACUUUACUGCAAAGCUCUCCUCCUGAUCUGCACCUUGUGGUUGGUCGAGCUGACAGUGAUCCACAUCCCUCUAUUAAGCCAGAUGAGAUUCCCGAAAUUACCCUCACAAAAGGUGCCAAUGGACAGCUAGGCUUGAAGCUGACAGGAGGAGCUGGAAGCAAGUUACAAGGUAUUUAUGUCCUAGACAUAGUGCCUGGCUCUCCUGCCAGUGUGGAAGGCAGUUUGCAGCCACGAGAUCAGAUUGUUUGCAUCUGUGGACUGUGCACUGAGGGCAUUAGCCUGGAUGAUGCAGUGAGAGUGUGUGAAGCUGCCACCCAGAAUGUCCAAAUCAAAGCCACAAGAAAUGGCAAUCCAGUGGUUCCUAUAGAGCAGGAAAAUAGGAAACAUUUAGAGGAAACAAAUUGUGAUGCUCAGCAAAACGCUCCCGACUCUCCAGAAUGUAAGGACUUCAUUAUUAAGAUUGAGCUGGAAAAAGCAGAAAAUGGAAGCCUAGGAUUUGCACUGGUAGGUGGAAGAAAUGGCAGGGCUAUCCUAAUAAAAGCCAUCAGCCCAGACAGCAUUGCAGAUUUGGAUGGGAGGCUUCAAGUUGGUGACAUCCUGCUUAAGGUGAAUGAGACUUUUGUGUCUGGCCUGCCCCGGCAGACAGUCAUAGACCUGCUGCGGCAGGCGCGGGGCACCGUCCAGCUGACGGUCUGCCGCAGCAUGGCUCUGCACUGGGCUUACUCAGGCCACCCGAGCAACAGCACGGCCCCCACCCCCAACACAAAAGCAGAGCCAGAUUAUGCUGAGGGACACCUACAAGCUCAGCCUGUUUUCACUUUCAAUGAAGAGGAAGAAUCCAAACAGAUGUGCACCAAGGAUCCAAAAAGUACAGACAAUUCCCCUCUGCCAGGUCAGCUGGCUGGACGAGGCUAUAAGGAUAUCAUCAGUAACAUUUCAGACAGGUCACAGGAAUAUGCAGAAUGUGAAGGCUGCAGAAGAGAAAGUCAGCAGUUUGAGUCAGACAGCUGGAACAAUGAAGAUGUUGAUAUGCCCCACAGGACUUCUGUUCUACCUAGAAGCAGAACCUUUGCUUCUGGAGAUGAACUGACUCAGUUAAUCAACUUUAAACCAUCACAGACUGGAGCAGGUCCAAGGACUGGCAUCACAGGUCUUAUUCGAGGCCUUCAGUUGCGGAUUGAGAGUCAAGAAGUGUUAAAGGAAUUUAUGGCUUUAGAACGUGUGAAACCAACAGAUGACUGCAGAACUGGCAAAGAACCAGAAAACCAGCGUAAAAACAGAUACCGAGAUAUUCUUCCAU